AUGGAUCUCCAGGGCACUCCUCUCCCUCACGGCACCCGCAGCACUAAGGUCACCACCGACCCUCUUGCCUCUCAGCAACCCAUUGAGGAGCCUUCAGGCCCUGUCGCUAAUGACUCCCUUGCGGCUGAAUCUGUUGCCAAGGGUGGUGCUUUCUCCAACAACCGCGGCGCCGAGCCCACAUCUUACAACAAGUCCUCUUUGAAGAAUACCAACACCUCUGGAGCCACCGAGCUUCCCCCUGCCUCUGUUGGUGGUCUGCGUGAUGACCGUGAGCGUCAGGAGAAGUACCCUGAAGCUCUCGGCGGCCAGGGUGAUUUCCCCGGUGCCCACCUCUCACAGUCUGGCUAUGUUGGUGGCCCGACCGCUGCUAAGCAGCAGAUGGGUCAGGCAGAUCAGACUACUGCCAGCGGAAGCAGUCAAUACAAUGCCGGCCAGGCCCCUUCAUACAUCGCUGAUGUGACCGAUGGUUAUCAGCACCAGAAGCCCGACGGCCGAAACAUUCACGAAGGUGACUUCCACUCUUCUACUGCGAAGAAUGCCAGCUUCAACUCCGAUAUUGGCACCAGUGAUGACCCUGGUCGCGCUGCUAUCCACAAGUUCCAGCAAACCUCCGCCACUAGCGCGCUGAACGCUGGUGUUCCUCGUCAGGAGCACGUUGGCAACCCGACUUCCUUUGAAGCUCUGGAGCGGGACCAGCGUGCUUAA